GCUGCCACAGCCCCCCGCAUCCCGCCCACGCGCCUGGCCCUGCACCACUUCGACACGAACUACAGCCUGCAGCUGAAGGGCCUGUGGCCGUCUGUGCGCGCCGGGCUGCUCUGCGAGCAGAAGUACGGUGCCCUCCUCAACAGCUUCGCUGCUGUCGACCACGUCACCCAGGAGCUGGAGGUGCUGGGUGCCACCGACUUUGUUUCCGAAGCCUCCCGAGAGGGGGCAGCUAUGUCACCGCUGCCGCGUGCCUCCGUCAGCUCCAACAUCAAGUGUUACACCUUCCCCCGGGGCGACAUCGCGCGCUUUCGCCCUGCACGGCCGGACGCUCUGGGGCUCCUGGACUAUUACCUCAUGGAUGCGGCAUCUCUCCUGCCCGUCCUGGCGCUCAACGUCCAGCCGAGUGACUUGGUCCUCGACCUCUGCGCGGCUCCGGGUGGCAAGACGCUGGCUCUGCUGCAGACUGGGGUUUGCGGGCAUCUGGCAGCCAACGAUGUCUCCAUUUCCCGGACAAAGAGGCUGCACCAGAUUCUCCAUAGCUAUGUUCCCAAGGAAAUCAGGGAAACUGUGAGUGUCACAUCCCACGACGGAAGGGACUGGGAGCAGCUGGAAGGUAGCACUUUCCAUAAGGUCCUGGUCGAUGUGCCCUGCACGACGGACAGGCACUCUGUCACGGAGGAGGACAACAACAUCUUCCACAAGAGGCGAACCAAGGAGCGUCAGAUGUUGCCCAUGCUGCAGCUGCAGCUGCUGAUGGCUGGGAUCCUCGCUACCAGGCCAGGAGGAAAGGUGGUGUAUUCUACCUGCUCCCUCUCCCCUCUGCAGAACGAGCACGUGAUCGAGAGAGCGGUAGAAAUUGCAGAAACCCAGUUUGACAUCAGUAUUCACGUUGAGGACUUGAGCCACUUUCGGACACUCUUCCAGGACACGUUUUCCUUCUUCUCGGAUUGUCGGCUGGGGGAGCUUGUUCUGCCUCACCUCACGGCCAACUUUGGGCCUAUGUAUUUCUGCAAAUUAAGUCGGAUGUAGAAGGGGUGACAGA